GCAAUGUGUUAUAUGUUUUCAAUACAUAUAUAACUCAAUAAUUAAUACAUUUUAAGUGUAUUGUCGGCCAAACACUAUCUUUAGUAAUAAAGACCUGAUCUUAACAUCACUUGAAUUGGUUUUAUGUUAUUAUUGUUUACCUGAUUAUCAUAUCAUUCAAUAUAUAUAUAAAUAUCUGUUUUGUCCAUUCAGUCAGUGUUUUAAUAGAUAUUUUUAUAUUAUAAUUAACAGCCAUAUUGUCUGUCAUUCAUUGAAGUUAAACAACAAAUUAAUUAUUAGAUUGUAAGACAACUGAAGUGGUCAUCCGUUAAAAAAUGUCUUCGGGUUAUAGUCUUGAAGAAUCAAAUGCCGACAGAAAUGUUGAGAUUUGGAAAAUCAAGAAACUUAUCAAAAGUCUUGAAGCGGCGCGAGGUAAUGGUACGUCAAUGAUAUCAUUGAUAAUACCACCUAAGGAUCAGAUAUCUCGUGUGUCUAAAAUGUUGGCCGACGAGUUCGGGACCGCAUCAAACAUCAAGAGUCGCGUCAAUCGAUUGUCCGUUUUAGGUGCUAUCACAUCCGUACAGCAUCGGCUCAAACUGUACACAAAGGUGCCGCCCAAUGGACUGGUCAUAUAUUGCGGAACAAUUGUUACCGAAGAGGGAAAAGAGAAGAAAGUGAACAUUGAUUUCGAGCCAUUUAAACCAAUUAACACAUCUCUAUAUCUCUGUGAUAACAAAUUUCAUACCGAAGCCUUGUCCGCACUUUUAGCCGAUGACAAUAAGUUUGGUUUUAUUGUAAUGGAUGGUAACGGCGCCUUAUUUGGCACAUUACAGGGCAAUACCCGAGAAGUUCUUCACAAAUUUCCCGUUGAUUUGCCAAAAAAACACGGACGUGGAGGUCAAUCAGCCUUACGUUUUGCUCGACUUCGUAUGGAAAAGAGACAUAAUUAUGUUCGUAAAGUAGCAGAAGUGGCCACACAAUUGUUCAUAACUAACGACAAACCAAACAUAUCCGGUCUAAUACUUGCUGGAAGUGCCGACUUUAAGGCCGAACUUAACCAAUCAGAUAUGUUUGAUCCGCGACUACAAGUAAAAGUAUUAAAAUUAGUUGAUGUUUCCUAUGGGGGAGAAAAUGGCUUCAAUCAGGCCAUCGAAUUAUCUGCUGAAGUGUUGUCUAAUGUCAAGUUUAUUCAAGAAAAGAAACUCAUCGGUCGUUAUUUUGAUGAAAUAUCUCAAGACACGGGAAAAUAUUGUUUCGGUGUUGAGGACACACUGAAAGCACUGGAAAUGGGUUCCGUUGAGAUAUUGAUUGCGUGGGAGAACCUCGAUAUCAUGAGAUUUAUGCUGAAGAACGCUAACACUAACGAAGAAAAAAUACUUCAUUUGACACCCGAUCAGGAAAAAGACAAAAGUCAUUUCGUGGACAAAGACACGGGAGUAGAGUUGGAACUGUUAGAGUCGAUGCCUUUACUGGAAUGGUUGGCCAAUAAUUAUAAAAAUUUUGGCGCCACUCUUGAAAUCAUUACCGAUCGAUCGCAAGAAGGCUCACAAUAUGUAAAGGGUUUCGGAGGAAUAGGAGGUAUACUUCGAUAUCGCGUUGAUUUUCAGACACUAGACUUAGGCGACGAUUUAGACGAUUUUGACGAUUUGGAUGACUUUUAAAUAAAUUAUUAUUGAUUUGAUUUUACAGCAAACAGUUGACAACAGACAACCAAUUUAUUAAUAAUUCAAUUAAAUUAAUACUGAAUUGUAAGGAUUUAUUUUAUUGUGUGGUUUUAGUGCUAACAACCACUCAAUCAAAAGUUCCGAACAAUUAGAUUAUUUUUAAAAAUUUUAUAACUAUUAUUAUUAUUAAAAUUAUUAAUAAAAUACAUAAAAUUAUCCCUUCAAUGAAGGGUAAAAUAAACUAAAGAUAUUUUUAAU